AUGUUUCUCAAAGCCGAAGGGAGCCCAAAGUGUGUCGUGACCGGUGAGCCCAUCGCUUUCUUCCCCUAUGUUUGUGUGGCUUUGCAUCACUAUAUGUUGGAGACCUACAAGAAUGACUUGAAGGGUCGGAAGGCCAUCGAAGAGUCCAUCCUGGCUCGCUACGGCAUGAAUGUUCCGAUGGUCACUGAGAGUCCUGAAGAGGAGGGCGAUGAAGGCUUUAUGGAGGAGUUCUCGUGCGCUGUGAGCGGCGAGCUUGCGUACGAGCCCUGCUGCCUCUCCAGCGGAACAAUUGUCAGUGCGCGGAACAUCCCGAGAGGUGGCUUCAAGAAGGACCCGAAUCGACUGAUUGCAUGCGCUUUGCACGGCCAGGCACCUAAGCCAAGCAACGUGCUGGCACUGAUGAUCAGGACCAAAUUCCCCAGCGAGUAUAAGGCUGCUGAGACCAAGGCGAACAGCUCAGGUGUGGAACUGAUUCAGCAGCCGGUCUUCCGAGAAUUUGCGGCCGACGCGCAGGUCCACUUUGGCCUAGGCUGCGACGGCUGCGGGCUCUGGCCCAUCCGCGGCCCGGCUUACGAGGACGUUGAUAUCAGGAGUUCCGUGGGAUUCCACGUAUGUGAGCCCUGCUACCAGCUGGGUUACCAGAAGCGCUGCCUUGGAGGUCGGUUCAACCAAGGGCACAUGCCGAUGAACACCAUGGCGCUCGUGAUGUUCGGCGAGUUCUGA